AUGGGGUCCAGCAGUGGGAGCCUCAUGGAGCUGCAGCAGUGGCACGGGCUCAGCAGCAGGGGGCUGGGAGCAGUGGGACUCACCAGUUCCUCCCUGGGAAUGCUUGAUCUCCUGAUAUUUGGGUCCUGGUUUACAAAUGGCUCGGAGUCUCUGUCAUCAUUGCAGAUUCAGCAGACAGAAAGUCUGGACAAAGUGGUGUCCUGGGCCCAUCAAUUUCCCUACGCUCACCCACUCUGGUUUGGGCAGUUCAUCGGCUUCUUGAACAUCUAUGAACCUGACUACGCGAAAGCUGUGUACAGUCGUGGUGAUCCGAAGGCGCCAGAUGUCUAUGACUUCUUCCUUCAGUGGAUUGGGAAAGGCCUGCUGGUCCUUGAAGGGACCAAGUGGUAUCAGCACCGCAAGCUGCUCACACCUGGUUUUCAUUAUGAUGUGCUGAAGCCAUAUGUGGCUGUGUUUUCUGAAUCUACAAAUGCCAUGCUGGAUGAGUGGGAGAAAAAGGCUCGUGAGGAUAAGAGCUUUGACAUCUUCUCCGACGUGGGCCGCAUGGCGCUGGACACACUCAUGAAAUGCACCUUUGGCAAAGGAAAUAGUGGCCUAGGUCAAAGGGACAACAGCUACUACCUGGCAGUCAGCGAUCUCACCUUGUUGAUGCAGCAGCGCAUUGAGUCCUUCCAGUACCACAAUGACUUCAUCUACUGGCUCACCCCCCAUGGUCGCCGCUUCCUUCGUGCUUGCCAGGCAGCUCAUGACCAUACAGACCAGGUCAUCAAGGAGAGGAAGGCUGCUCUACAGGAUGAGAGAGAGCGGGAAAAGAUCCAGAAAAGGAGACACUUGGACUUCCUGGACAUUCUCCUCGGGGCUCAGGAUGAAAAUGGGAGCAAGCUGUCUGACACAGAUCUCCGGGCCGAGGUGGACACAUUCAUGUUUGAAGGACAUGACACCACCACCAGUGGCAUCUCCUGGUUUCUCUACUGCAUGGCCCUGUACCCUGAGCACCAGCAACGCUGUAGGGAGGAGAUUCGCGAGAUCCUGGGGGACCGGGACACCAUCCAGUGGGAUGAUCUGGGCAAGAUGACCUACUUGACCCUGUGCAUCAAGGAGAGCUUCCGCUUGUACCCACCUGUGCCCCAGGUGUACCGCCAGCUCAACAAGCCUGUCAAUUUUGUGGAUGGCCGCUCUCUACCUGCAGGUAGUCUGGUCUCUCUGCACAUCUAUGCCCUCCACAGGAAUGGUGCUGUGUGGCGUGACCCCGAGGUCUUUGAUCCCCUGCGUUUUACCCCUGAGAAUGCGGCUGGACGCCACGCCUUCGCUUUCAUGCCCUUUUCUGCAGGGCCCAGGAACUGCAUUGGGCAGCAGUUUGCCAUGAAUGAGAUGAAGGUGGUGACAGCGCUAUGCUUGCUGCGCUUUGAGUUCUCCUUGGACCCCUCUCGCCUCCCCAUCAAGCUGCUUCAGCUGGUCCUGCGCUCCAAGAACGGCAUCCACCUCCACCUAAAGCCGCUGAGUUCAGGAUCCAAGACACAGUUUCUGCGAGAGUAG